CACAAUCAGUUUGUUUUGAAAUUUUGCCGCGAUGCGUUCGUUCCAAAGCGCUCUCCUCAACUAAAAGUACUCGAGCAGAAUAAAUAGUUUCAUUAAUUAAAUGUGAAAUAACAAAACUUUAGGUGUCACCGAAAAAAAAAGAAAUACAGAAAUCAAUCGUAAAAUAUAGCAUACAAUAUAAGUAAAAUACUCGAAUGUACAAAAACUUAAGAAUUACAUUUGGCGUUGCAGAACGAUUGCAAUAUGCGGGCUUAGGUUGAAGUUAUUAUUGCAAAAGCAAUAUGCAGUUGUAGCUUAUUAAAAGUUAAAAAUGUGGAGUAAUGAGUAAAACCACUGAGUGUGUUAAUGAAAAUCAUGAAAAAAUAGUACGUGUUAAUAAUGAAAAACUAAUAUUGUUGUGCACCACAUGGAUUUAGAAACUCACAAAAAUCUGUAGAUCUAGAACAACCAAUUACUUUGCACUCAACAACAGCUACUCUUUUGAGUUGUUGUUGUCGUCGAGGGGGCCAAACAGCUUUAGAAUGAAAUGGAGAUGCAAAGCUACUCUGGUCAUGGACCAACGACAACAACUUCAGCCACAGCGGAAAGUGCAACAGCAACUGCAGCAGUCCCAGCAGCAACAUUCACACAGCGACACUUCAGUUGUCGACUGGAAGAGGCGGCCCGGCCGGAGGUCUGGCAGCCUUUUAUUGGCUGCGACAGCAACACCAGCACCAGCAGCAACAGCAACCUCAUCCUGCCCACCAGCAACAUCCUCGUCAACGGCAGCAGCAGCUCAUUCCAGUGUGCCCGGCAAGCCUUCGAUAAAGCGGAGCAGACGGCCCUCUACAGUUGCGAUGGGGAGGGCCCAUUGUCUGAAAGCUGCGCGUUGAGGCUGAGGGCGCGACUUUUGCAAGUGCCGUACGAGGCGUAUGAGCAAUUUCGACUGGCAAUCAACGGGGAACUCAGUGCAUCCAGUGAUAUACUUAGUGAUAGUUCGAGCUGCGUGGAGGGAGAGGAUGUUUUGCAAUGUGAGCUGGGGCUGACCCAGGAACUAUUUCUUUGUCAUUUGCAGCCGCAGCAGGAGCCAUUUGGGGAGCUGGAUGGCCUGGGGGAGGCGGAGCCCCUCUCGAACGGCAGCCUACUGGAGGCCUAUCCAAUCGAGCUGGGCAACGAACACGACGGACUCUGGUCCUUCCUCAACCUGAGCGAGCUAAUGGAAGCCGGCAACGACACCUCUGGCAUCGUGAAUGCCACCAGCAGUAGUUUGGACAUGAUUCUGGCCAACUACACGGCCCUUACCACAACAACAGUCGCCUCCACCGCAGCCACGUCGAGCGAUAUCGGAGUUACGAAGAGCUUUCUGGACUACAGUCCCCACGGCUACGAUUGGCUUUUCCUGUUCGUGGUCUUCUUCAUCUUUGCGGGGGGCUUGGGCAACAUCCUCGUCUGCCUGGCUGUGGCCUUGGACCGGAAGCUUCAGAACGUCACCAACUACUUCCUGUUUUCCCUGGCCAUAGCCGAUCUCUUGGUCAGUCUGUUCGUGAUGCCCAUGGGUGCCAUACCAGCUUUCUUGGGUUAUUGGCCACUUGGCUUUACUUGGUGCAACAUUUAUGUGACCUGUGAUGUGCUGGCCUGUUCCUCCAGCAUCCUGCAUAUGUGCUUCAUAAGUUUGGGACGCUAUCUGGGAAUACGGAAUCCAUUGGGCUCGAGACAUCGGUCUACGAAACGAUUGGCUGGUAUUAAGAUAGCCAUUGUUUGGGUAAUGGCCAUGAUUGUAUCCAGCUCGAUAACAGUCCUGGGUCUGGUCAACGAGAAGAACAUUAUGCCUGAGCACAACGUCUGUGUAAUAAACAACCGCGCCUUCUUCGUUUUUGGAUCUCUGGUGGCAUUUUAUAUCCCCAUGCUCAUGAUGGUCACUACUUACGCACUCACCAUUCCCCUCCUCCGCAAGAAAGCACGUUUUGCCGCAGAGCAUCCGGAAAGUGAACUCUUCCGCAGGCUAGGUGGGCGCUUUACCAUAAGACCUCAGCACAGCCAGCAACAGUUGCAGGUACACAGCAGCUUCUCCAGAGGCAAUAGCAAAUUUCUGUCAAUGAGCGACAGCAUUCGCACCUUUAACAAUGGAGGACGAGGGGUUGAGGAAGGAGCUGAUGCCAGGAAAAGGUGCGUGGAGCCCGCAGAACGACCUUUGAUGCAGCAGAGAACGACGAGUAGCAGGAGCAUUGGCCCGGCCAGUUUCCGCAAUGUGGCCAAUGGCAGUGGAGGAGCUGGAGGAAGUGGGUCUAAGGGAGCAGCCCCUGCCCGCAGCAGCUUCCGGUUCUCCGGAGGCGGCAUCCUGCGGCACUCCUCGUCACCCGCCUCGAGCUGCCACUCCACCAACAAGUCGCAUUCGAGCAGCUUCUGGAGCAAACACGGAGGCAAUCCCAACCUAAUGGACAGCCAUCCGAAUCGACGGGCCUCUGUGCGUGUCAGUAUGUCUCAGCCACAACUGGGUUUCCCGACAAAUGGAAGUGGCGCUAGUAAAGCGUCGGAAGGUGGAGGCGGUGGCUAUGGCUCAUCAGCUGCGACAACGAGCUGCUCGACUCCUGGAGGCACCAGCAUGAUGAAAAUCGCCACCAUCCAGGGACCCACUUUGAGCCAGGGCCAGGGAGCUGGAGGCAAUCACUCGCUGGAGCAGGUGAGGCCCACAGAUUUAAAGCCCGACGAACGACAGCGCCAGAAAAUGCGGACCUUUAAGUUUUCUUUAAACCGAGUUUCCACGCCCACUCUAAAUUUACGCUUUUUAAACAAUCGCAGCAAACGGAACAGUUUAUCGGCUAACGCUGUCGCCACAGAGCAGAAGGCAACAAAGGUGCUUGGACUGGUGUUCUUCACCUUCGUUCUGUGCUGGUCGCCCUUCUUCAUCCUGAACAUCAUCUUCGCCGCGUGCCCCGAGUGCAAGGUGCCCGAGCACGUGGUGAACACCUGCCUCUGGCUGGGCUACGUAUCUUCGACGAUCAAUCCCAUCAUCUAUACCAUAUUCAAUAGAACGUUCCGGGCGGCCUUUAUCCGCUUGCUCAAGUGCAACUGCGAACGGUCCGGCCGCCCGCUGCGAUACCGCUCCGUGACGGAGGGACGUGGCGCUGUGAGCCUGUGCGCCCCCUCGGCCUUGCCGCUGGCCAUAUCCUUUCAUGGGGCGCCACUGAUGACGCCAUCCACAGCGAAUGCGACGCCGUUAAGCGAGUUCCGAGGCAACUACACAAUUACCGAUGACGAGUGCUGAGCCACAGGGAACCCCAUUCUUUUACGAAUUUAUAACGUCGAAACGGCAAAAAUCAAACGGAGUCAUCUGUACUUACUAGCUGCUAAUCAAAGGAAAACGAUAGCUUCAGGGAGAUUCAUGCUAACUUUUCCAAUAAGAAAUCACAAUCAAAUUGACGACUUAAGUAGGAACUACGAAGCAAAAUACUACACUUAAAGCUCAUCACAUAUCAUAAAAUCGAGAAAGAAAGAUAACAUCGCCAAGCCGAACAUUAGAAACCCCUUGCAGCUAAAAUCAUAACUAUCAAUACGUGGGGAGUGUAGGGUAAAGAGCGAACGAUUCGUUUUUAGAAGAAACAUAUAGAUUUAGGUUUUUCGAAAAAAACUAAAACCCUGUGCAUAUGUUAACAUAUAUAUUUAUUUUCCUUACGGAAGAUUGAAAAUGUUCAUUUAUAGAACACAAAUAUAAUUUUAAAAUAAAAAAAGUACAUUUUGAACAAAAUAGGUUGUUCAAUAUCUAGUUGACAAGCAUCAUCAAACAAAAUAAUAGUUUAGUAUAUAAAAUUAAUUUUGACUGUGGAAAAGAAAAAAAUAAAGCUAAAAUGUCAAGAUACAUCGAUAAAACUCUGUCGAAUUGAAUUUUUAUUUCAAAUUUAUGUUUAUUUAACUAAUAAAAACAACAUAAAACAAGAGAGAACGCUAUCGACUGCAGGCAGCAAAGCGACCGAAACAAAGAUUUUACCUUACUUUUGGCAUAGAUGGAUAUUAAUAAUCAAAACAAAAAUCCAUUUGUUUUUUUCCACAAACUUUAAAAAUGUAGGCGCUAGAAGGGUUUUAGCGUUAUGACUUUUGUACAAGGUACUUUUGGAAAUAUGACAUUGGUACUUUUUUGUUUCUAAAGAUCUUAUGUAUACGGUAACUGUAUACAUUUAACUGACUAGGUUUUCAACAAUUCUUUGCCCUGGCACUGCUCAAACACUUAUAAAUUGAAUAGGUGUGCUAAUAUCAACAGUUUACAAAAUAAAAUAAAAUUUUGUAAGCUGGUGUGUUUGCUCCACCCUUUUAGUCAAAAUAAUCUUACGUACUAGUUUCGCGACAUCUUAUUAUUAUUCUUGUAAAUUCAUUGUCGACCAGAUACAAGAAAUUGACCACAGUUAUUUGAAAAUUUUGACGUGACGUGACGUGUGAGACUUGUCAAGUUAGUCACCUUACCGUAUUCUUUCCGUAUUACCCUACACUCCCCUACAUAACAGAAACUGUAUAUACAUAUAAGAGUAAGAAUGUGUACAUAAAUAUUUCGAUAGUUCCUAAGGCAGCUAUAUGAUUUGUUUUUACCAUUUUUUUUUAAUAUUUUAUUGUUUCAUUGCAAAGGAUAUGAUUUUCUGAGUUAUACACAUAUAUGUGUAUUUGUAAAAACAAAGUUUUGUGUAAUUUCCCUUUUUAUUUUUAACUUUCCUUUACUUUCUAUUGCAAUAACAUGACGACUAUCCUAGGACUAUAAAAAUUGAUUUUUAUUGUAAACUCUAAAAAUAUGCCUAAUAUAUUGUUCCCAUAUGUUAUAAUUAUUCUUAUGGGAACUAUAGGAUAUAGUGGUCUGAUCCCGAUCGUCCUUUACCGCUCUUUACCAUCGUUGCAAGCUCACCCCAUGAAAGAAUUUACAAAUAGAUGUAGAAACAUAGAGUUUAAUGAUGAUUGUGUUUAGCUCAUAUGUCAGUAUACUAGUUUUAGUCAUCGCUCAAUAGAGCGAGUCUACAAAAAAAGGAACUUUUCAAAAAUAAACGAAAACUAU